CAUCCAAUUAGUUUUUAUAUUAAUUUAUUGGAUAAUAAUGGACACACAAAGACUGAGAGUUGGAUUCUACAUGUACAUGUGAUUUUGUUCGACUUUUUGUAUACACAAGUUUUUAUCCAAAACCAUACAACUGACAACAGUUAAUAAACAUAAAUUAAAAGCUAGACAUACAAGGCAGUCUCUUAGAAUAUAGUUUGUCUAUAGACCAAUGCCAAUCUUAUAUUAUAAUAAAAAGUUGUUUUACCAUUAUUCUUCUUUCCCCACUUGGAUAUAAAAUCCAACUCGUAGUCCUGUUUUCCAACUUUAUAGUAUUUAUUUUCUCAUAUAACCAUUUUUGUACAAGUAUAGAAGAGAGCCACGAGGAGAAUCCUACCAUAUCAUAAUUUCAACAGUUGUUAAGUUACAAGUCUCUGCAAGAACACACAGACACACGUCUCUCCCAAGUCUCAACAACCAAUCAUCGAUCAGCUCAGUUCACAUUCUAUUUUUCUGGGUAUCUUCAAGUCCGUUGGUUAAAGAAACGUCAUGCACAUGUCUUAUAUGUUGGGUUGUUCUAAUGGCACCGUUGCGAUCGCCACCGCCAUGGUUUUCUCAAGCACUGCUCUGUUUCUCGCGACGGCUCGUCAGUUCUAUGGGAAUCAAACCUCGCAGGUUCAUGAUCAGACUCCACCAUCACCACCAAUCCUCCGUUCUUGUCUAUCUUCUUCAGAGGGAAUGAAGAAACAGAGGAGGAAGAAGAAGAAAGUUCGCUUUGCCGAGAAUGUGAAGGAUACGAAAGGGAACGGUGAAGAGUACCGGAAGAGGAUGGAACUGAGCCGGAGAACCGUACCGGAGAUAGCGACUAAACCGGGAAAGACCGGUUCAAUUUGUGGAAUAUCCACGCUGCCAGCGAACCGGAUGGCUCUGUACAAUGGGAUUCUCAGAGACCGAUCUCACAGAACUCAAUGUUCUUAUUGACUUUUCUUCUUGGACCAAACAAAGUCAAUAUAUUUAUGUUUGAAAAUUGUAGUAGGUGGCUUCUUUUGUUCAUACUUCACACUAGUAGCUGUAGUAGUAUGUGGACUUCGUCUUCUCUGCCUUUUCUAGUUGUUUGUUAUAAAAUCAAAGUGACAAUGUAAAAACCAUAGAAUUGAUAUUGAUUGUGGUAAACUUUUA